AUGAGUGUCCCACGCGCGCGGAUAUUGGAUCUUAUGAAGGCGCAAUGCCAGGUCUUUGCGACUUCCUACAACCCGGAGGGCAUUCGCAUGGGCAACAAGAUCCUGCGACAACGACUACGAGGACCAGCCAUGGCAACAUACUACCCUCGAAAGACAGCGACGAUACAAGACCUUAAGCGCGAAUUUGGGCCAACCCUGGCAACCUGGGAUGAGGCAGAAGAGGAUCGAUUCGAGUACAUUGAGGAGCUCAAGCUUCGUGGAAAGAGUGCGCCCAAGAAGAAGAAGGGUCCCCCAGCUCCUACCGGCAAGAAGCGAUAA